AUUUUUCUGAUGGCGGAAGGCCUGUAAAUUAUUGUUUACCGCCUGCUUGUCGACGUUUUACGACGGAUUCAAAAACUCUUUAAAGGGAGAUAAUUCUUAGUCGUUUCGCUUCUUGUCAAAACCAAAAUGAGAACAUCGCACUGCAGCAUUGGUUCUACGUACUUAAAACUCUGUAGUUACUUAAUUUACAGUUGUAAUCUGCAUUAAGGUUUACAAUGAUGAUCUUAUGUAAUAGACUAACAGGAGAGGAUUGGCUGAUUAUCAUCCUGGUGACCAAGGUUUUAGGAGGCCUGCUUCUUCAGUCUUGGAAUGUAACCCAUGAAUGGACAUACCAUUGCCUCGCUGGAUCUCUCGUACUUCAAGUGUUGUCAAUCAUAUUCUUUUCUUCGCCAAAGAAUGGACACAAAGGAAGUGACACAUUUAGAACUGCUGAACAGUCUGGAAUAUUUUGCAUCUUGCUGGUUCCCCUGUGUUUUCUUGCAGAAAUUUCUUAUACUGCAAACAACUGUUCAUCAUGUCAUUCCAGGGUAGAAGAGGUAUCAUUUCUACUAGCCUGCAGUAGCAUAAUGCUGAUGUUGUCCUCAAGAAUGCUUCCAAGUCUUAACAGUGUGCAUUCAAGUGGGUUUAUACAGACUGCAUUCAGUUUGUCUUCAGGUCUUGUUCUCCUUCCAGUUGUCUUAACUACAGGCAGCAGUAUCAUGGCCAUUUCUUUUGGCAUUGCUGUUGUAGUGGCUAUGGUCACACAUCUUCCCAGACUGUGCCCAAAAUCCUUUACAUUUGGGGAGUUGUGUGUUGUCUGUCAUCUGGCUGGGGAUUUUGUGUGGAGAAGCAUGAGGUGGUUGACUGAAUUCAUUUCUAAUCAGGGGAGACCACCAAUUUCAGAAGAGGCUUGUUUGUAUGUUUUAAUUUCAGUCAUUUGUAUAUUUGUUGCUUUUGCAACAAUCACCAUACUGUUGGUAAAACCGGUGAAAAAUAUAUUGUUUUUCAUUCUGCUGUAUUGUAUUUUCACACUAAUGGGAUUUGGGACAUAUUGUCUUAUUACAAAUCUGAACCCAGCUGUUUGGCUUUUGCAGUUUGUCUUCACCAGGCAAGAAAGGUUGCUUCUUUUGGGCUGGUGGGUGCUGCUGACUGUGGUGACAGCUAUGGGUGUAUGCCUUUACCCCACCUUAGCAAAGAAGACAGGGACCGUUGACAAAGCUUCAACUGCCAUGCGCAAGUGCUUUCAUCUUGUAGUGGUUGCAGUGUAUGUUCCAGGACUGGUGCAUGAUCCUGCCUUUCUCCUACUUGCUUCAGUUGUUGCCUUGGCUGUGUUGGCCUUACUUGAGACAGCUCGCGUGACUCGUGUAAAAUGGCUGGGCACUACCAUAGAUAUUGCCUUUCAUGUUUUUACUGACAGUCGUGAUCAGGGCCCUGUACUCUUGACACACAUCUAUCUGCUGGUGGGACUGUCAGUUCCUCUUUGGCUCUCAUGCAAUAUAAAUAACAAAGCCAUGUUAUUACAGUUGUCCAGCGGGAUCCUUUCACUUGGCAUUGGUGACACUAUUGCUUGUAUUGCUGGUAUGCGCUAUGGACUGACCAAAUGGCCAGGCACAUGCAAAAGUUUGCAGGGAACUGGUUUCUCAGUUACUGCACAGCUCAUCUUCAUCACUACAGGGUUAUUUUUAGGCUGGUUUGAAUCAUUCUCAUGGUCGGGUGUGGUGUUUGCCGUAGUGGCAUCAUCUGUUUAUGAAGCCUUAACUUCACAGAUUGACAACCUGGUCCUUCCCUUAUAUACUUUGGCAGCCUUGCCAGUGUGACCUCUAUCACAAUAGCUAAGAUGGCUUUGUGUUUCCAUAGAGAAACUGAUCAGUUUCUCUACAGAGCUACAGCAGCAGCAUAACGCCCCAGUAAUUUGCUAAGAUGAUGUCUUGGUACACAGUAACAAUGAAUGAGCUUCAGAGUUCUUCCUUUUUGUUUUUUUCAUCCUAGUUGUUAACUGAUAAUUUCCUUAUAACAUUGUCUGAAAAAACAAAUCUUAUUUGCAUUACCUUAGCAUUUUCAAGACUGUAGUCUAACAUCCAAUAUUCAUGCAUCAAGCAAUUUUUAUUUGUGGGGAACAGGGUAGCACCUGAAGAUAAAUGUGUUGAGUGUACAAAAUGUGCGACAUAUAAACAUUGACAAUCCUCUGUAUGCAAAAGAUAGACAUACAUCUGAUAUACAUGUUUGAAACAAGCAGAGUGUGAGCUGCUAAUGCAAUGAUCACUCAGAAAUGUGGGAUGGAGUGGUUGGUGGGGGUGGGGGGAGUCGCCAUUCUCGGUGGAGAAAAUGUUUUUUGUCUUUCAGCGGUUGCUGAUCAUCAAUGUACAGCAACAGGCAGCAUGUUAUGUGGUUUGUUGGCAGAAACUACAGUUCUGAUUUGUGCUGCAAAUCACAAAGACAAGAAUGCUAUGAAUCAGUUGUUUUUAGUUUUUAAAGGUCUUUUCAUUUUUUGUUUGCUAUUAUCUUACUUAACUAUGUUUACUUAUUGUCACAUUAUAUAUAUCUUUAUCCAUUAUUCAUCAGACCAAAUCCUUUAGCACCCGGCACAAGUCAUCACUGAAAAAGUCAUUAAAAAAAGUUAAGGUGGAUUGCCUGUCUGAUCAUUCAAGGAAGAAAAGUGUUAACUCAUUCAGUAUGGAAGCAUCGACACAACCGAGCUGUACUUGUGAGAAUGUUCACAUCUGUGGGUGCAAACUGUAGAGGAAGAGUUGAGCUCUCUCUAGUCACUGAAUACAUGAAUGGUAUAAAACUAGAAAAACAUAACCUACAGGUCUGAUAAAACAUCUCUCCUGGGUGGUUCACUGGGAUAGCAAUUUCAAGAUCUUUUAGUGUACAUACAUUGCCAAUCAAAGAGAUUAAAGUUGUGUGUAGAUGGCUCUGUCAAAGCACAGUACAAUCCAAAUGUAGGCAACAGAUUAAUUAGUUCUGAUUGUGGCUGAUGACUUUAAUAGUAAAACAGUACAAAAUGUGGACAUGACUGGUAGGGACAUCGGAUGUGUGAGCCUUCGAGUAGCCGUCUGCUUGUGCACAGAAAUGAAGCGCAAAAAAACUCCUGUCUGCCAUUUUUAAAAAGAACAUUUUCACAAAAUUAAAGCUUUAGUCACUUUAUUACCAAAAAGAAUGGCUAUCAUUCACAUAUUCGUUGUUGACAUGACCGUGGAGUCCAUGAUCUUUGACAAAUCAGCACAGGCCAACAAAAACGGAAGUUUACAAUCCAAAAUACAUCAGCAGCUCCAUAUUGAUUUCUGGUAGUGAAAUGAAUCUUCACAUUUUUCCAUGACAUUUUUUGAGUUCAGUAACUUCUAUGUGAAAUAAAUUCUCACAAAUUUUUGUCUUCCAUGGUUACUUUCAGUUCUAAAGGAGGGGUUUACAUAAUAGGAACUGGUAUGCCUGUAAAAGACUGGACAUGCCUCUUGUCCGGUGGAUGCUCUUUCAAGCCAGGUUGUCUCCACUACUGUCUGCUUAUUUCUGCAGGACCUGCUAAUACGUUAACAAUUAGAGGCAUUUUCUAAGGGAGCAAAAAAAGGGUGACCAACACCAAUACACUGAUGUCUGCAUACCUAAAAAUGAUCCAAGGGUAAGCACUAACUGCUGUUAGAUAAUUAUCUUUCUCCGAGACCUGUGUAAGUAGAAAGCUGGCAUCAGCUCACUAAACAUUUACACACAGUAACAAAAAUAUCCUUCAAGGACAAUCCUCUUUGCAAUGCAUUACCCAGCGAUCAUGCCUACCUGGCUAUCCACAUUCAACUUACUGAUCACCCAACAUGCCAAAGGUUAAAUGGAUGUGAAACAACACAAACUGACAGUUGUAGCAAAGUCUGCUGGUAAAGAUUAAGACAUGUGACAUUGUGAUGAAAGUGACACAAGUGAUUAAGUUUCCAGACUGUAUAAGUUUGCUGCAAAUCACAGUGCUUUGGAUACUGCAAACAAAAACAUUUUUUUCAGCAUCAACCUAUGAGCAGAUACAACAGCAUUUACACUCUAUUUGUACAAAGCAGCAAAUAACAUAUCCCCCAAAAUUAUGGGAUUUUCAAAAUAAUGAUGAACAGUAAAGGUUUACAGUACUUGUGCAUCAAAAUUAAAUGUUGAAAACUCUUGCUGCAUGGCUACAUACUUGCUGGAAUAGCAGUAAUAGAACUCAUUAUUGAUAGAAAUAUUAAAGAACAUAUAUUAAUCAGCAUACAAGUUAUGCCUAAACAAGCUUGUGGAACUGCUUAGUGGCAAUAUAAAUCUAGGAGGCAGAAUUUGUCAUGCCUAAACUAUUAUCCUUUAGGCUUUAGAUUGUACAAUGUGCAAAAUACUUUUCUAAAAUCUAAAACGCUCCCAUAACAAGUGUAAUAAAAUUGUUGUCCAUUUUCUGGCCAAGUGAUGACAUCCCUCUAUUAAGGCUGAGAACUUAAGCAAAUAAGUGAGAAAUUUGCUGCUUUAGUAAAGGACAAUAAUAAGCUUCAGCAGGAUUUCUAACUCAUUACACCCUUUAUUCAUCUGUUGAUCAAACAUUACUUUUUGACAAUCUUCAACUUAACUGUAAAGAGUUGAGAAUUUGAUUUUAUUAUAAACAGCAAUUUUAUACAGCUGAUGUUCAGUCAUACCAAAGAGAAAUAUUUUGUCACAAGUGACAACAAAAAAAGGCCUGCUCUGCCUACAAAUGGUCUUACACGUUUUUUUUUUCACUGUACCAUCUUCAGUUCAACAAGUUACAAUCUGAACUACUGAUGUCAUGGAAAGCUGUGUUGCCCAGUCAGCAAGCUUACUUUUGUGACAUUUUGUACAAAAACCAUGGGAAACCACAGUGUUGGCAGGCUUGUAUUUUGUGAAUGGAACAGAAAAAGUUCUUCACUCAGAACUUUGGAAUUUUUAUCUAAAAAUAUUCCAUUUGGGCUAGCCUUUAAGGGUGACACGUGUUCCCAAUAGUUGAAGGGAAUAGUGAUGAUACUUAAGUGACUAGACCUAUAAAGUCCAGCACUUGGCUGUCAUUCUGUAUGAACAGACCAUAAUUUUUCUUUUAAAUGGAGAAAUGAGGAGGUGGGGGAGAUGAUCACAUUAUGAAAUUAUCGAUGCCCUAUUUUGGAUAUACAAGGUCUGCAUCAUUCAUGGAACUGGUUGAAAAACAUUUCAAAAAAGUCCAGUUCAUUUAACUCAAGUAAUGCUAUAA